AUCAGUUCCAUCAUUAUAUUCCAUUUCUCCCCAACCAUUCCAUUUCUCCGAAUAUUGCAUGCGUUGAGUUAUGGCGGAGAGGCGGCUUAUGCAUGCGGUGCAGUAUGAUAGCUAUGGAGGUGGCGCUGUAGCUUUGAAGCAUGUUGAAGUUCCUGUACCCACUCCUGGUAAAGGUGAAGUCUUGCUAAAGAUAGAGGCAAGAAGCUUAAACCCAUUUGAUUGCAGAAUUCAAAGUGGCAUCAUUCCUUUCCUUCCACAAAAAUUUCCUUAUAUACCUGCAACUGAUGUAGCAGGAGAAGUAAUGGAGGUUGGUUCUGAUGUUACAAAUUUCAAGCCGGGGAACAAAGUUGUCGCAGUGCUCAGUGCUCGAAAUGGGGGUGGACUUGGGGGGUAUGCUUUAGCUAAGGAGAACUCAGUUGUUGCAAGGCCACCUGAAGUAUCCGCUGCUGAAGCCGCAGGCCUCCCAAUAGCCGGUGUUACAGCCUACCUAGCCCUCACCGAAGCUGCGGGGAUCAAGCUUGAUGGCCCCAAGAAGAACAUACUUGUAACCGCUGCCUCUGGUGGUGUGGGUCACUAUGCUGUUCAACUAGCAAAGCUUGGGAACCAACACCAUGUCACAGCCACCUGUGGGACCCGCAACAUCGACUUCGUGAAGAGCUUAGGGGCCGACGAGGUCGUGGACUACACGACCCCGGAAGGGACUGGUCUCAAGAGUCCAUCAGGGUUGAAAUACGACGUGGUCAUUCAUUGUGCCAGGGGCAUUCCCUGGUCUACUUUUAAGGCUAAUUUGAGCAAGAAUGGGAAAGUGAUAGACCUCACUCCUAACCCAAAAGCCUUCUGCAUAUUUGCCUGGCACAAACUCACCUUCUCAAAGAAGCAAUUGUUGCCGUGCAUUAUAACCCCCAAGAGCGAGAGCCUGGCGUGGCUUGUUGGGUUGGUGAAGGAGGGGAAGCUUAAGACCACCAUUGAUUCAACGCAUCCUCUAAGCAAAGCAGAAGAUGCAUGGGCCAAGAUGAUGAGUGGACAUGCUACCGGAAAAAUCAUUGUGGAGACAUAGUUGCAAAGUUUUCAGUUCAUAUAUUUCGUGUUUAAUUAUGUUGGUCAGGGUUACGUUAUAUAAUUAUAUUUGUUAAUGUUGUAAUCGUUUUUGUGAGACUAA